AAAAUAGAUUGGGUUCUCUUAGGAAGAGUCACCGGCACUACACACCCUAUAGACAUAGAGGUAGGCACACCCGCGCAUCUUGCACGCACUCCCCAUUCGACUCACCUCCCUUUUCCAGCUCCACGACAGAGACCAAUCCGAUGCGCCAGAGUUCAAAAUAACCAGCGACAACCACCCCAAUAUCUGCUGCCGUCGAUUAUGGGCUUAGUCAAUGGCUCGGAUUCGGGCUCAGGCCCGACCCGGAUCACGAUCCUGGGCAAAGAUGACAUUGUCGUCGACCACGGCAUCUGGCUCGACUUCGUGACUCAUGAUCUCCUCAACCACCUCAAGACGUCGACUUACGUCCUCGUAACCGACACCAACCUCUUCGACACAUAUGUUCCGCCUUUCCAAAAGGUCUUUGAAGCUGCUGCGCCUGCCUCGGCAAGACUGCUCACGUACGCGAUUCCGCCCGGCGAAGUGUCUAAGAGCCGCAAGACAAAGGCCGACAUCGAAGAUUGGAUGUUGCUGCAGAAAUGCACCAGGGACACUGUCAUCAUCGCUCUCGGCGGCGGUGUUAUUGGCGACAUGAUCGGCUACGUUGCCGCCACCUUCAUGCGGGGUGUCCGCUUCGUACAAGUGCCGACGACGCUGCUGUCUAUGGUUGACUCAUCCAUUGGCGGCAAGACUGCCAUCGACACUCCUAUGGGCAAGAAUCUCAUCGGUGCUUUCUGGCAACCCUUCCGUAUCUACAUCGACUUGAUCUUUCUUGAGACGCUGCCGGCGCGAGAGUUCAUCAACGGCAUGGCUGAGGUUAUCAAGACGGCCGCCAUCUGGAGUGAGGACGAAUUCACUGCCCUCGAGACCAGUGCGCCUGCGAUACUGGCUGCUGUCAAGUCUCAGGGGGAACAGAGACUGUCGCCCAUCCGAGACAUCAUUAAGCGAAUUGUCCUUGGCUCUGCCUCCGUCAAGGCCCAAGUUGUCUCAAGUGACGAGAGAGAGGGCGGCCUAAGGAAUCUUCUCAACUUUGGCCACUCUAUCGGUCAUGCCUACGAAGCCCUGUUGACUCCCCAACUCCUCCAUGGGGAGGCCGUUGCCAUUGGCAUGGUCAAGGAGGCGGAACUGGCCCGCUUCCUCGGCGUCCUCCGUCCUGGCGCUGUGGCACGACUUGUCAAGUGCAUUGCGAGCUAUGAGCUUCCCACCUCGGUACACGACAAGAAGGUUGUCAAGCUGACCGCAGGUAAGAAGUGCUCUGUUGACGUGUUGUUGGAGAAAAUGGCCGUCGACAAGAAGAAUGACGGAGCCAAAAAGAAGAUCGUGCUCCUUUCUGCUAUCGGAAAGACACACGAACAAAAAGCCAGCGUAGUCCAAGACCACGUCAUCAGGGUAGUUCUGUCACCGGCAACUCAGGUCAUUCCUGGCAUGCCUCAAUCUCACAGCACCAUAGUUACACCUCCUGGCUCCAAGUCUAUCUCCAACCGCGCCCUCGUUCUCGCCGCUCUCGGACAAGGAACGUGCCGGAUUACGAACCUACUUCAUUCCGACGAUACAGAGUACAUGCUGUCGGCCAUCGCUCAGCUCGGUGGUGCAACAUAUGCUUGGGAAGAAGCUGGAGAGGUGCUAGCUGUUAAAGGCAAAGGCGGCGAACUCAAUGCCAGCAAGGAGGCGCUGUACCUGGGCAACGCUGGUACCGCAUCACGAUUCUUGACGACGGUCGUAGCUCUUUGUGCCCCGUCUGAUGUGUCUUCCACCGUACUUACCGGCAACGCUCGUAUGAAAGUCCGUCCCAUCGGUCCUCUCGUCGACGCUCUCAGAGCCAACGGCCUGGGCAUCAAGUACCUCGGCCAAGAGAAGAGUCUUCCUCUCCAAGUCGAUGCUGCUAAUGGUUUUGAGGGCGGAGUCAUUGAAUUAGCCGCUACUAUUUCAUCGCAGUAUGUUUCGUCGAUCCUGAUGGCUGCACCGUACGCGAAGAACCCAGUCACUCUGCGACUCGUAGGUGGAAAGCCCAUAUCCCAGUUUUAUAUCGACAUGACCGUCUCUAUGAUGCGCACCUUUGGCGUGAACGUCACCAAGUCGGCAGAGGAGCCCAAUACCUACCACAUCCCGAAGGGCGUCUACCAAAACCCUGCCGAGUAUGUGGUUGAGAGUGACGCCAGCUCCGCCACCUACCCUUUGGCCAUUGCGGCCAUUACCGGCACCACUUGUACUGUGCCUAAUAUCGGUUCGGAGUCACUUCAGGGUGACUCCCGAUUUGCCAUUGACGUGUUGAGACCUAUGGGCUGCACCGUCGAACAAACUGGAACUUCGACUACCGUCACAGGACCGUCCAUUGGCAAUCUGAAGGCCAUUGAGCAUGUUGACAUGGAGCCCAUGACAGAUGCUUUCCUCACAGCCUCCGUCUUGGCUGCUGUGGCAUCGGGAACAACCAAGAUAAGCGGCAUCGCUAAUCAACGAGUCAAAGAAUGCAACCGCAUCGGGGCAAUGCGCGAGCAACUGGCCAAGUUUGGUGUUGAGACCGACGAAUUUGACGACGGGAUCAUCAUCACCGGUCGCGCUGUCCAGGGGCUCCAGCAGCCCACCGAAAGCAUCUUCUGCUAUGACGAUCAUCGCGUUGCCAUGAGCUUCAGCGUUCUUUCAGUCGUAUCUCCUAAACCCGUGACAAUUCUUGAGAGAGAAUGCACUGGCAAGACCUGGCCAGGUUGGUGGGACACCAUGUCACAAUUCUUCGACAUUGAGCUUGACGGCAUCGACCAGCACCCGAAGCCUGUGGCUACAGCACCUUCCACUAGAUCUCGCAAGGAUAAAUCUGUUGUGAUCAUUGGUAUGCGUGGCGCAGGCAAGACGACUGCAGGGAGGUGGAUGGCGGAUACGCUGAAGAGGCCUUUCAUCGACUUGGACGAAGAGCUGGAACGGCGGUCAGGCAUGACAAUUCCAGAAAUGAUCAGAGGUUCCAAAGGCUGGGCAGGCUUCAGAAAGGAUGAGCUUGAACUUCUCCGGGAUGUCUUGGAGAAGCAGAGCCACGGACACAUCUUCUCUUGCGGAGGCGGCAUUGUCGAGACUCCUGAAGCACGGAAACUACUUAUCGCUCAUUGCCAGAACAACGGCACUGUGUUGCUAGUCCACCGUAAUACUAGGGAAGUCGUUGACUACCUGCUGCAGGACAAAUCAAGACCGGCCUACAGAGAAGACAUCGAAGACGUGUACUGGCGCCGGAAGCCCUUCUUCGAGCAGUGCAGUAACUUUGAGUACUUCAGCCCUCAUCCCCCUGGUACAUUGGCUACACGGGAACCGCCAUUAGACUUCCGUCGCUUCGUCAAUGUUUUGUGCGGAGAGCAGGUCCAAGUGAACAAGGCACUAGCAAAGAAUCCCAGCUUCUUCGUCUCCCUCACAGUACCAGAGGUUGCGUCUGCUCUUACUCUGAUACCGGCCGUCGUGGUCGGUUCCGACGCCGUGGAGCUUCGCGUGGACUUGCUUCAAGAUUACUCUGAGGAGUUCGUGGCACACCAAAUUGCGCUUCUUAGAUCGGUGGCAGACAUUCCCAUCAUCUUUACUCUGCGGACGCAGUCGCAGGGCGGCAAAUUCCCCGAUGACGCCUACGAUCAAGGUCUCGGGCUGUACCAAAAGGCCAUCCGUAUGGGAGUUGAGUUCAUCGAUGUUGAGAUGACCCUUCCAGAGCGAGUCAUAUGUGCAGUCGUGGAGAACAAGGGACCGGCGCGUAUUAUAGCCUCCCACCAUGACCCCCAGGGCAAUCUGUCGUGGAAGAAUGGAUCUUGGAUUCCAUUCUACAACAAGGCUCUCCAAUGGGGCGAUGUGAUCAAGCUGGUUGGAGUUGCCAAGCGCAUUGAGGACAAUUUUGACCUAGCUCAGUUCAAGUUGGAGAUGCUCUCCUCGCACAAGACCCCCAUCAUUGCCCUGAACAUGGGACAGGGUGGUAAGCUUAGUCGCGUACUCAACGGCUGCCUCACCCCCGUCUCCCAUCCAAAUCUGCCGUUCAAGGCAGCCCCAGGACAAUUGUCCGCGGCUGAGAUCCGGCAGGCUUUGGCGUUGCUUGGGCAUAUUAAUGCCCAAACCUACUACCUAUUUGGUAAGCCCAUCGCAGCGUCAAGGUCACCAGCUCUGCACAAUACUCUGUUUGACCUUGUCGGUUUACCGCACCAUUACUUGCGCAAGGAGACAGACAAUGCCGCCGACGUGCGCGAGUUGAUCCGUGCUCCCGACUUUGGCGGCGCUUCCGUUACCAUUCCGCUGAAGCUUGACAUCAUGAAGGAAAUUGACGAAGUCUCGGAGGCUGCCCGCAUCAUUGGUGCCGUCAACACCAUUAUCCCGGUAUCGAACGGCGGAGAUGUGACUAGGCUUGUUGGUGAUAACACUGACUGGUCAGGCAUGGUUCACUCUCUUCAGUCGGUUGGUGUAUCGUCCCAUUCGGCAGAAGACGGCCAAUUCUCUGCCAUUGUCAUUGGAUCAGGUGGAACAACAAGAGCUGCCAUCUUCGCCCUACACGCACUAGGGUUUGGUCCUAUUUACGCUCUGGCGCGCAACAGCGGCAACUUGGAGACACUGAAGGCCUCGUUCCCCUCAGAUUAUCGUAUCGAAGCUCUCAAAAAUGCCAGAGAAGUCCCUGCGCUGGCGUCCUCGCCUACCGUCAUGGUCAGCACUAUCCCCGCUGACAAGCCAGUUGAUCCCUCGCUUCGGGAGACGCUCAUGGCAGUGUUGCAUCAAAACACUGCAGUCGACCGAAAACGUGUUCUCCUCGAGAUGGCCUACCAGCCUCGCCAUACACCGCUGAUGCAAUUGGCUGAGGACGCCGGAUGGGAAACAAUUCCUGGGCUCGAGGUCCUCUCCGCCCAGGGCUGGUAUCAGUUCCAGAAAUGGACCGAAAUCAUCCCGCUCUACCAGACUGCUCGGGCAGCCGUCUUGGGCAGUGAACCGGCGGAAGCCAGCGGCCCCAGGGCAUAA